UCUAGCGUCAAGUUGACUGACGUUUUUUGUUCAUCACAAAGUGGGCAGUGAUAUUAGUGAUAUAUUUUGAAAUUGUAAAAGAAUUUAGAAUACUUCUGUGAUUGUUUUUGUGCCUCAACUUAAAUAGUUAUAACGCAACUUGGUCGAAAAUGGCUAACUUAAAGACAGAUUUGGAUCAAUACCUGCUUAAAAACGAAACUCGACGAAGUUAUAAUUUUAGUUUACCAUCAUUUUCAACUCCAAGUUUUAUGACACGGAGUAAUGAUGAAACCCCAAGUACUACCAGCACUACUGCGUCUUGGUUUGAAAAUGUUCAGAAGGAGUAUUGCACGUUGAGCAGGACCCAGAGAUUUAUGGGAUUUGGCAUUUGUCUGUUCUUUGGAGUACUAUGUUUCAUUUUGUCCUUCCUCUACAUACCCAUAUUACUGCUACAAGCAAGGAAGUUUGCUUUGCUCUUCACUUUAGGCAGCAUGUUCUUUAUAACAAGUUUCAGUUUUCUCUACGGUCCCUGGAACCACCUUAAGUCAAUGUUCAGCAGAGAGAGAGCUCUGACAACAUCACUUUAUGGACUGACACUUAUUGCAACACUGUACUGUGCAUUACAUUUGCAAAGUACACCAUGGACCAUUGUUUGUGCGGUCAUGCAAGUUGUGGCCCUCCUCUGGAUGAUGAUGGGCUCCAUCCCUGGAGGCUCAUCAGGAAUGAGAUUCUUCGGCAGCAUGUUCAAGUCAUCUGUAUCUAACACACUACCUAUAUAACAUUAUAUUGACAGAUAUAUAUGGGCUAGAGCCAUUUAGUAUCCUAUUUGAACAUACUUUGAUAUAAGUUUUGAUAUCAAGUAAUUAAGAUUGUUAUUUUUAUAUUGAUAGCUAGUGAAAUGGUGAUGAAGUUUGAAUGUUUUAGAGUGUUUCUAGAUCAACUGGAAUGGGAAUCAUGUUAUACCAAUAAAAACUGUUUAUAUAUUCAAUUAGGCUGCUUUUCAAUAUCAAUCGCACAAACAGGAAUACAUUUAUAAACCUUGAAUACUUGAUUAACACCUAUUGUAUAAAUAAAAUUUGCACAUCACAAUUAUACCUGCUAGAGCAGAUAACAUAAACAAAAAUCACUGCAAUUAGUUUUUCAUAAAACAUUUCAUUUACAUGUUCCUAACAAAAAGUUAUAAUCUCGAUGUUAUGUUACUACUAUGCUAAUAAUGGUGAUUCUUAAUUUAAAAUUAUUUUAAUUUGUAAGAUAUCUUAAGGUUUCGGCUGUUGACCUCUUUUUAUGUAAUAUGCAUUUAUUUCGUUCAAAAUACAUAUCAUUUUCAUCGUGUAUUUUAUAUUGAGAUUGAUGUUGAUGGAAAUACCUAGUAAUUAAAUCUACACAAAAAUGAAUCUUAUUCAUACUGCCUUGUGAAAGAAAGCUUUUUAUACAAAUAGUUGUGCUCAAACAAAAAAAAACGAAAUAAUAUUUUUUGUAAGAGGAUUUAUUCAAAUAAAUUUAAAACCUACCUA